CACGACCGUCUUCGACUCCACUCGGCGUCCCGCGGUGCGGCGCCAUGCGCUGGGCGCUGGGCGCUGCGCCCUUGAGGCCAUGGGUGUGUUUGCUGCUGGUGACGCUCGGCCACAGCACAGGCUGUGAGGAUGAUAGUGGCCUGCUGCAAGUGCUUUCAAGCCCCGUCGAAGCUGUGGAGCUGGGAAUUCUGAACGCUUCAAAGGCGCACUCAGCUGCGUCACCGAAGUCUUCACCAGGUGGCUUCCUCGGGCGCCUGGGAGACCUCGGGAGGUUCUGGUUGCAUUGGAUUGCUGAGCCGCUGCAAGCGCAGACCAUUCUGAGCGCCAACGUCUCGCAGAGUGCGCACCAUGCGGAGCUCACGCAGAGCCUGGUGUCACUCCAGGAGCAUGAUCCGACGGAUCUCGCGUGGAUGACGGUCCUCUUAGGCAGCCUCAUUGGACUAGCGCUGGUGGGGGCUGCGUGGUAUACCUUCCUCAGCCCACUGCAGAAGGAAAAGCCCAACGCCGAAGGCGAAAACGCAGGGCAAGGCAUGUCCGAGAUCCAGCUGAUGUUCAACAUUGUGAAGAGCGUGGUGGGCGAAGGGAUGCUAAGCCUUCCUGCGGGUGUCGCAGGUGGCACAGGCUUGUUGGCAGGCAGCAUGAUGACGAUCUUAUUCGCCAUGCUCAUGGGCUACACCUUUGCGCUCAUGGGCCGCGUUUGUCAGGCCACAGGGGGCCGAAGCCACAAGGAUUGCUGCGCCAAAGUGGCAGAGCCUUGGGUGGCGGAGAGCAUGGCCGUGGUGCUCUUCGUGAAAACGAUGUUCACGUGCUUGGCCUUCGCCAUCGUCAUCAGCGAGUCCUUCGCACGGAUCCUGCGCUUCGUGGGAGUGGAGGGGAUCAUGGCCAGCUCCCAGGCGGCACUCCUGAUCCUGACCUUCCUUGUCUUGAUCCCGCUUUGCUUGCAGAAACAGUUGCGUAUCCUCUCCUAUACCUCGAUGAUUGGAUGCUUUGGGCAGGUUUGGGUGGUGCUCAGCAUGCAGAUCCGCUAUUUAGAUGGCUCCUACCGGCCGGGUGGCCAGUUCUAUGACAGCUUGCCCAAAGAGGACCAGCCGGACUUCACCCUGGGAGUCAUCUAUUGGAAGACCACGGUGGCGAGCUUUGUGCUUUUGGGCUCCUUGAGCACAGCCUUUAUUGCGCACUACAAUGCACCGAAGUUCUACAGCCAGUUGCAGGAUGCGACUCCGGAGAAGUUCCAGAAGGUGGUCUUCGGAGCCUUCACCUUCGCCAUGGUCAUCUACCUUUGGGUCAUGGCAGUGGGCUACUUGACCUUCGGCUCCAAUGCCGAUGGUCUCAUCCUCAACAACUACUCCGAGAAGGAUGUGCUGAUCACCACGGCCCGCUUCGCCAUCAGCUUUGCCGUGGUCUUCGCCUUUCCCUUGGGCUUCACCGGGCUCCGCGACUCCAUGAUGUCCACCUUUGAAAUUCCGGAGGAUCGCUUCCUUCCGGUGACCUUUGGACUUUUGAGCGUCAUCGUCCUGGGCGCCUGCUGCUUUCAUGACCUGGGCCUCGCGAACAGCCUGGGUGGUGCCGUGCUGGGUGCGAUGAUCACCUUGAUCUUCCCAGGAAUCCUGCUUUACUGCGCGGGGCAAAAGCAGUCCUCGGACCACGAGGAGUUCGGCCCCAAGGAGAUGACCUACGGCGCUUAUGGCGUCUUGGUGCUGGGUGCCGUCCAAUUAUUGUUCGGAUCCACGGUGGUGAUCCUGAAGAAGUUCUUUCCUCAAGUUCUACAUCUCUAGGAGUGAAGGUCGGCUCAGUGGCACCCAACCCGUUCGCGGUGGUGACCCUCACAACGAACGGGUGACAUGGAGCCUUCACCAACAUGUAGCAGUUGGUUCGGUUCCAGGGUCGCCUCUGGGAGUGAACAAACCUGACCCGCUGUGGUUGGCAGCGCUGCCAGAACUGCGAUGGCCAGCCCUGUCUCUGUGCGAAAUCGAAGAAAUCAUCGACUUGUAGAGCAGUGUGUUUUCCGCGGGCAAUGGCCAGGCCGGCAUUUUUUCACCCAAACAGAGACGCCACGAUGCGUCAAGCCACGAUGGACGUGGGUCCUCGUGCUUGCUUCGAUCCACUCGGGUGCCGCGGCGUGCGGAACGAGAGCAGCCACGACGGGGUGCGGAACGGCUCCCGUUUUUGACGGCUCCCGAAUGGCCUGAAAGAGGAAAGAGG